AUGGCUGGCCGUGCGCUGUUGGUGUGCGCCCUCUGCGCGCUGUGCUGCGCCGCCGGCGGGGGCUGGGCGUCGGGGCCGGCCGAACCCGCGCGCCCAACGAAGCCCGAGCUCGAACGUCUGUACUCGAAUUGGUACGACCUGAUAGAGCUCGAGUGCAACUCUGCGAUUGAGGAGAUGAAAAAAAAGGAUGCGAAGGCGACCGCACGUAAAUGCGUAACUGACAGGAUGGACGAGAUCUAUGCGUAUUUUUUCGGCGUGGACCCCCGCAGGCGUGAGGCCGCCGCCGCCACUGCAACGACGAAGGCGACUACGACUGACGGUGAAAGCGGCCCCGCGGCGCAGCCCGCAGUGCCCACCUCCCAGCAGGAAACGGAAACGAGUGGCGACAGCGAAGGACGAGGCACUCAGCCGGCAGCGGGGGCGGCUGCUAAAGCGGCGAGUACCGCAACCAAAAAGAAUGCAACGAAGCCGGCGCCCGGUGACAGUGACGGCAGCAGCACCGCGGCCUCGCACUUCGCCUCCCCCUUUGCGCUGCUGCUUCUGCUUGCGUGUGCGGCUGCCGCUGCGAUGCUGGCCGCGUGA